UACAAUUAAUGGUAUUUCACUUUUUUGGGGAACCAUGUAAAAUAGGCGAGAAGGCUCAUAUUACCUAUUUUUUUUUUUUUUUUCAAAUGGAGAACCUAUUUUUAAUUUUUCCUACUAAUAUUGGUGCUUUAAGGAGGGUGAAAACUAUAGAAGGUAAAAUUGUCAAUUUAUUUUAGAAAAUAAAUAAAGACCUGCAUUUUAGCAACACCAAUCACCAAAUCCUUUGCGCAUCUUUGUAGGUACUAGGUAGCUUAGGGUUUCCCCUCAAAAAAAAAGUUAGCUUAGGGUUUAACACUAAACCACCUUAAACCCCUUCCCCUCAGGCCUCAUCUCUCUUUUUCUGUAACCAUCACUCUCUAAUGGCGGCCUUCGACCAUUGCCGAGACCUCAACGAUCUUGCUUUGAAGCCUCGUUUGCUGCGCACCCUCCUCAAAGAACAACUAUUAGAUGAUACUCUCCACCCAUCUCAACUCUCUUCCAUUGUUUCCGUUCUCAAAAUUCAUAAGCUUCUCACUGAGGAAUUUCCUCCUUCGGCUGACCUUAAGCAUCUUUCUGGAUGGAAAUCUUCCGUCGAUGCUUGGGUUGAUCGAAUUUUGAUGCUUUCUAGAAGCAAUUCGCCAGAUAAAUGUUGGGCUGGAGUUUGCUUGCUUGGAAUGACUUGUACUGAAUGCAGCUCUGCACGCUUCUUGGCUUCAUACUCAGAUUGGUUUAGUGUGCUUCUAUCACAUAUUCAGGCAUCUGGAGCUUCACAAUUUGUCAGAGUAGCUUCAUUUGCUGCUGUAUCAGAUCUUUUAACAAGGCUUGGUGGAUUCUCCAACGUAAAGAAGGACGGAACCUCUCAUGCGGGAAAACUUGUUCACCCAAUACUUAAGAUGUUCAAUGAGGAUGCAACACAGGCUGUGUUAGAUGUAGCAGCUCAUUUGUUGUUAACCAUCUUAAAUAACUUUCCUUCUUCGGUUCUUCGUCAUCAUGACAAUGUUGAAGGGGUUAUUCUGUCAAAAAUCAUGUCUGCCAACUGCAGUUCCAAUUUAUUGAAGAAGCUAUCCUGUUGCUUAGCUUCACUUCCAAAGUCAAGGGGAGAUGAGGACAGCUGGUCUUUGAUGAUGCAAAAGGUAUUAUUGUCUCUGAGUUCUCUUCUGAACAGCACCUUGGAAGGCCUUGAAGAAGAAACAAGACGCGUGGAAGUUGCUACAUUAUUGGUUCCACCGGGGACAAACCCGCCGCCUUCCUUGGGAGGGAUUUUUACGACCGAAGAGGCAUUAAAAAAUGGAGAGAGGUCCCAGAAAUCUCUAAUAUCAUCCAUCUCGUCAUUGAUGCAGUGUUGCUGCACAAUGCUUACCGAUUCUUAUCCUGUUCAGGUAACAAUCCCUGUUCGCCCAUUAUUAGCCUUAAUCAGAAGGGUGUUGAUGGUCAAUGGGUCUUUGCCCGAAACAUUACAACCUUUUACAACUACAAUGCAACAAGAGUUUGUGUGUUUGCAACUUCCUGUUCUGCACCUAAGUGUGUUGGAGGUCCUUGGAACAGUUGUAAAGGGGUGUCGCAGUCAACUUUUACCUCAUGCAGCUGACGUUGUAUGGCUAUUAAUGAAAUAUUUUAAAACAUGCUGGUUGCCAGAGCUAAGAACAAAGGUUUACUCGAUCAUCAGAGGUCUACUGAUCUCCAUGGGUGCUGGAAUUGCAUUGUACAUCUCGGAGGAAGUGGUCGACAAUGGUACCGUUGAUUUGAAGUUUGGUGAUUCUAACCAUGAUGGUACAUCUUCCGAUGAACCGUCAUGUGUUGAUGUAUCUCUGCAGCAUCGGCGCAAGAAGAGAAAACAUGGAGCUGCAACUGGGCUGCUGGUUGAACAACAGGCUUCCUUAAGCUUGGAACCAAAAGAAUGCCAAGCAUCAAUUGCUUUGAAAAGAGCCGCCAUAGAGACCUUGGAAGCUCUUCUAGUAGUGGGUGGUGCUUUGAGAUGUGAUGCUUGGCGUAGAAGAAUUGAUGAUCUUAUGAUAGAAGUUGCAACAAAUGCAUGUAGUGGGGGAUGGACCCAUGAUGAUAAGCUUUUCCAUUGUAAGGAAACUAGGGGAGCUUGGGAGGGUUUCCAGCUUGUGGCAUUGCGUGCACUUCUGGCUUCGCUUCUUUCCCCAGCUGGUUAUCGGUCACCAUAUCUGUCUAAGGGCCUUGAGCUUUUCCAUAAAGGGAAGCAAAACACUGGAACUAAGGUGGCUGAAUUUUGUGCUCAAGCGCUUCUGGCCCUGGAAGUGCUUGUACAUCCCAGAGCUCUUUCUCUAAUAGAUAUGUCACUGCCGAAUGGGAGUUGCUACUCUUCAGGGAUGAUAGAUUUUGGUGGUCCUAAACACAAGGUACCUCACAAGGAUAGCACUUUAAGUACAGGUCACGGCAAUUCUCAUGAUGUUUACGACUUCCUAAAUGAUAUUUACAUGGAAGACGAUCCUGGAUCAGAAGUUCUAGCAGGUGAAGUUUGCAAAGACGUGCAAUUUGAUGAAAACUUACAAGACGUUUCCAGGGAUCAAAACGAUGAAGACCCUAAUGCUGUCAGUGGCUUACCUGACGAGAUGGUGUCAAAGGAAAGAAAUGAAGGCUCAGAACCAACAAACUUUGACAAAAGAAUAAAAUCAAAGGACAGUGUAAUGAUGGAUGUGCAGCAACAUGAAGAGCCAAUGAGUAAUACUCUGUCUGCUAAGAAGGGGAUUGAGGAAAAUAUAUUAAAUGAAUGUGCCUCUGAUAUGCUGAGCUUAACACCUGUAUCAGGUCAAUCAAUUUCAGCUGCUAAGGGCAUUGCCUCAACAACAGGGGUAGAUGCUGAUGUUACUACCCAUGCUGAUAACAAGACAUGGAUGAAUUCAACUAUACAACAGGAUGACGAGUCAUCUGAUCUAUUUCCUGAUAUAGUAGAUGGUGAUCCGGACACAGAUUCAGAUUCUGAAUAGAAAUUUUUAGCAUUCCUGCUUUUUUCCCGUAUCAAACUAAUCUUUGGAACAUCAGAUGUAUGGGCACGGCUUUAUUUCAACUUAAUCUUUGUUAUUCAUCCAUGCUAAUAACAAGACAUGGAUGAACUCUCUUCUAUACAGCAGGAUGAUGAGUCAUCUGAUCUAUUUCCUGAUAUCAUAGAUGGUGAUCCGGACAGCUUCAGAUUCUUGAUAGAAAUUUUUAGCAGUCCUGCCCUUUUUUUUAUAUAUCAACUUAAAUCUUUGGAAAAUCAGACGUAUGGGCCUGCCUCUAUAAGAUCAUGAUUUAUCAGGGCUGUGAUACCGACAACAUAAUUACCGCAUGGUCGAAUGUCAACAAAGCUAGGACGAAACUUUUGCCGGCUUUACAGAAGUUAUGUUACAGAAAUCUCUAAGAUAUAAGUAGAAUGAUAUCUAUAUAUUUUCCAGUUCAUGUACUGUACGUAAUUACGAAGUUAUCGGCACUGUCAAAUUAAUAGAGACUACUGACUGCUCGGCUUCAUAAGCGAAUCUUUCUUGUUUGAA